UUGAAAUUUUAGUAGUGAAUAUGACAAGCAGAAGAGAGUAAGACCAAGCAUUAUGGUUUAGAGACCACCAUUAUCAGGCAUCGGCACAGUUUGUAGAAGAUUUUGAUACUGGCAAGACUAUUUAAAAUAUUGGCUGGAAAAGGAUCCAAAAUGUUAAACAGAGAUGGCAGUGAGAAAAAGAGAUUUCUUCCGGAAAUAACUGGAAACGCAAAAUUUGUUGAUAGAGUCAAGGCUUCCAAAUCUCAAUAUGCUUUGAAAUAAUCAAAUUAAAAAUAUAUGUGCCAGAGUUCCUCAACAAAUAAAAAAUCCUAAUUUUGAAAAACUAAUCGCAGAGAAUCAGUUUAAGAGUCAUAGCAGAAAUAUCUAUUAUUCUCCAAGUUCUUCAAAGUUCAAAGAUGUUCUCAAUGCAUACAUUGACCAGUCUGGUUUGAGCUGAGAUACCCCAACUUCAACGAUUUUAAAGAAAAAUAAUAUUAUUAAAAAUCCUUCAAAAUUAUCUCAGCAAAUAAAAUAAGAAUCUGGACAACGAUCUUGUAAAGGGAACAUUCUUUAAUCACAAAAGACUCAGUGUUCCUGGCAAAGAACAUGAGUGGAAGAAAAGGGUUGAUCUUGAUCUCAACGGGAAUCAUCUUCACCACUCAUUUACUAAACUUAAUUCUCCGGAUCAGACUAAAUAAGUUGAAGAGCUUUGAAAGUAGUAAUUAUUUACAAGCAAAGCAAACUCCUAUCCGCCAUCGUCAGAAACCGGCCCCUCCAAUAUCCAAGGGGUUUUCUUUUGAAGCACGGAAUAAAAGAGAAAUUGACAACAAACACAUUUUUAAAGAUUUCAACAAAGUAAAAGUUCAAAUGACAAAGCUAUACGAUUCAUUAGUAAAUACUAAACAGAAAAAGCAACCUCAAAAGAUUGAAGAGACUAAAGAACCUCAAACAGAAAUCUCAGACACUUCCUAUAGUAGUUUUUCCAAUGACUUUGGAGAUCAUAAAGUAAAGCAGAGUGAUACUUUAUGAUUACCCGUAAAACAAGCCAUUCUGGAUCAAGAAGUAUAUGACAAGAAUGUUGAAGCUGAAAAUAUGCCAGUUACGAAAAAGAAGUUUGAGCCUACUUAUAAAUUUAAGAAAAUUAAAGUUAAUGAUGAAAAGGAACUAUACCAAAAGGGCAUAGAUUAUCUAGCAACUCUUAAUCCACAAAUAAAAUAUGAACAAAUAUCUCAGCGGAAUAAGGAUAUUCAUAUGAUCAAUAGGAGAAAAUUCUUUACUCAAAUGAAAGAUAAAACUAUCCGAAAUGGAAUCAGGAAGCAUGAUAAAAAGGUACUAAAAGAGUGGGAUGAUAAAAUUCAUAUUUUCAAAUAA